AAGAUUUUAGGAUCAAGAAUAAUACCUAUACUCUCCACCAAUUCUUCACAUUUCAAUGCCUUCCUACACUUCUUCACCUCUCCUAAACUCCCUCUUCUCCUACUUCACUCCCAUCACCUAAACACCCAUAAACCCUUCAUUUCACUUCUAAAUUCAUGUAAGCAACUCAACACUCUAACAUGGAAUUUGACGAUGAAAACCUCUCUCGAUGCUGGUCUUUUUGAUGAGGUUUUGUUCUCCUAUAAGAAGAUGAAAGAACUGGGUGUUAAGAAUGAUACCUUCACUUUUCCCAUAAUAAAUAGAGCCGUUUUGUCGCUUAAAAGUGAUGUAGCGUUUGGAAAAAUGGUUCAUUGUGAUGCAAUAAAGACGGGUUUUGGACAUGAUUUGUAUUAUUGUAAUACUAUGAUUGAAGUUUAUGUGAAAUACGGGUUUGUUUGUUAUGCUCGGAAACUGUUCGAUGAAAUGCCGCUGAGGGAUUUGGUUUCUUGGACUUCUAUGAUUUCUGGGUAUGUUUGUGGGGGAUGUUUUGUUUGUGCUUUUGAAUUGUUUAAUGAAAUGAGGUUGGAGGUGGAACCGAAUUCAGUUACUCUGAUUGUUAUGCUGCAGGGGUGUUAUGGAUGUGAUAGUUUGAGUGAAGGGAAGGGAUUUCAUUGCUAUGCCAUCAAGAAUGGGCUAUUACUAGAUAGGUCGUUGCAAAAUUCGAUUUUGAAAAUGUAUAGUAGGUCGGGUUCUGUCGAAGAAGUGGAAUCGUUUUUCGUUGAGAUUGAUAAGAGGGAUGUUAUUUCUUGGAAUAUUUUGAUUGGCUUCUAUUCGGGGAGAGGAGAUGCUGAAGAAGUGGUCGGUUUAUUGGAUCGAAUGCACGGAGAAGUAGAUUUUAGCAGCGAGACUUUAACUUUAGUCGUAUCAGCGUUAGCGAAGAAUGGGAAUCUAGUGGAAGGUGAAAAGCUUCAUUCUUUCUCUAUAAAAUCCGGGCUAUGCGACCAUGUUUUGCUAGCUUCAUUUUUGGACUUUUAUGCAAAAUGUGGGGAAUUGAGUAACUCGGUUAGAUUGUUUGAAGAGAUUUCUAGUCGAAGCAGCAUCACUUGGAAUACAAUGAUGUCGGGGUAUAUUCGAAAUGGGUACUUUGGUGAGGCCAUUAGUUUGUUCCGGAAAAUGCAAGCUUCGGGUAUUGAACUUCAAGCAGAGAUUCUAGGAAGCCUUGUCGAGGCAUGUAGUCACCUGGGUGCAUUGCAGUUAGGCAAAGAAAUCCAUGGAUACCUCACGAGGAACGUGUUUUACAAACUCGAAGAAGACAAACUACGAUUGCAAACCUCUAUCCUCAAUAUGUAUGUAAGAUGUGGAAGUAUUGUGUCUGCAAGAGAAUGUUUUGAUACAAUGGUGGAAAAAGAUAAUAUAACAUGGACAUCUAUGAUUGAGGGAUAUGGAGUUCAUGGAAUGGCUAUUGAAGCCGUACAGCUUUUCGAUCAAAUGCUGAUGGAAAGAGUAAUACCAAAUAGUGUAACAUUCCUGAGUUUGUUGUCUGCUUGUAGCCACUCUGGUCUUAUUAGACAAGGCUUUGAGUUGUUCCAUUUUAUGAAAUGGAGAUGCCAUAUCGAACCUGAUUUGGAUCAUUACACUUCCAUGGUGGACCUAUUAGGUAGAUGUGGAAAGAUAAGAGAAGCAUUGACUAUGAUAAUGAAAAUGGUGGUUGCUUCCGAUAGUAGAAUAUGGGGCGCUCUUCUUGCCGCCUGUAGAGUUCAUGGAGACAAGAAAGCUGCAGAAUUCGCAGCGCGGAGGCUCUUGGAGUUGGAAAGUGAUAAUGUAGGAUAUUAUACAAUACUAAGUAAUAUCCAAGCUAGUGUCGGAAAUUGGAAUGAAGUUGAAGAGGUUCGGAUUGUUAUGCAUGAUAAAGAUUUGAGGAAGACACCAGGUUGGAGUUACAUUGAGGAAAGAGGUAGCGGAGUGAAAAAAUAGAAACUAACCGAAUAAUGGAUAAAUUUGGCGACUAUAGAUCGUAUAAGCAAGUAGAGGAAAUUUAUGAGGUAUUGGGACAUCCAAGUACUAAAGUACAAGAAUUUGGAUAUAGUCAGAGGUAGAAUUUAGAUUGAGAAACUUCCAUUUUUUUUUAUGAAAUUAGACCAGGAAGAUAACAAUACCAUUGU